UUACAAAAAUGGCGACUCUUGGCAGACGUUUAUUUUCAUUACUAAUACUCGCAGCGAUACUUUACACGGCAACAGAUCCCGUUCCAAGUACAGAAAGAAUUAUUGGUGAAACUAGCAUAAUACCUAGGAACGAUCAAGAAUAUAAAGAACAGACGAAGAACAUUACCUGUAACGAUACAUGUGAUAAUGGAGAAGUGCAAUGGCCUCAUUAUGUACCCAGCAGUACGGGUAAUGUUACGUACAUAGUAUGUGCUUGUAAAAGACCAGUACAAGGUUAUUGUUUAGAGUACAAUGAAGGGGGUAAAAUCAUACAACCAAACAAUGCUGAAAUUUGUACGACUUACAAACUAUCUCCCUGCAAACCAGUGUACAAUUCCACAGACAGCUAUUUGCUCUUUCAGUGUUUUGAAAGAAUUGCAAAAAUGCCUACACCUAUACAACUCGUGGAAAAACUAAUUAAUUGUAAGAACCAAAUAUAUAACAUUACUAGAGAAGCUACAGCGCCACAGUUGCCAAGGGAUGAUUCAUGUAGUCAACAGAAUGCCAAAAUCAAAGAGUUAGAAGAUGAUACAAUUGUUCUAGGUGUAGUAGUUGGUGUGUUGGUUGUUGGUUUUAGCAUUGUAUGUGUUUGCUUAUGCUUAACCAAACGCUCAAAAAGUGUCGAAGAGAAAAACUAUAGUAAAACUGUUCAACGUGAUCUUGACAGUACUGAUGAUAGCGAAUUGAAUGAGUUGAUAAUCAACGAAACGAAAGUGAACGAUAUACAGGAAUCCUCAGCAACACCUCCUGGUCAUGGGAGACCUUCAGAACAAGUAGAAGACUUCAUUUCAAUUCCAUCAACGCCACGCAUUGGACCUUUUCAUAUACAAGAAAGUCUUUCAUGCAGGAAAUGAAAAAAAAAUAUUAUCACUUUAAAUCCUACACCAAAAUACAGUGUUCCACCAUCUUGAAUGGACCUAGUCAAACUAGUUCAUAUUGAUAUUCUUUUUUAAGGUAUAAAGAGUUAUAACUGAUAUGAUUAAUUAGAAACAUAUAUGUUGACUGUCUAUUUUAUAACCUGUACAACUGUCAUCAGGUCAUUAAAAUAUAUAUUUUUCUUGCAUGGAAGUAGAUGUUACAUGAUCAAAACAUAAUCAUAUAUCUUGACUCUUGUCAUAAACUACUUCCAUUAUAAACUGUACAGUUGUUAUCACAAUAUAAUGCUUUUGUCGUACAUCAGUGGAUGUCACAUGAUUAAAACGUACAUUUGACUCUUGUUACAAUCUCAGCUGUAUAAAUCGUACAGAUGUCAUAACAAUAUGUACUUUCAUUAUAAUUUGCACGACUGGCAGAACAAUUCCUAGAUCAUGUCUGGCUGUAUCGCACAGGUCAUUGCAUGAUUAAAACAUGUAUUUUGACUUGUUGCAAACAAUCUGUUAUAAAUUUAAUCUAUGUAAUAAAUUUUCAUCACAAUAUAUACUUUUGUUUCAUUGAAAUGGAUGUUACAUCAGGAUUUAAACAUAUUUUGAAUCUCUCUGUUAAAACUGGACCACUGUGACUGUACACUUUAAACCCAUCUAUUGAUUUUUCCUCUGAGAUUGAUUUCAUCAAUAUAAUUAUAUAUCAGUUACAUCACAAUCAAUUAAAAUCAAACAAGGGAGUCAGUCUACAAAGCUUAUCUUGGGGAGGAAAUGCAGAGAGGAGGGGGUGGAUAUGAUGCUUUGGUCACAUACUAAACAAUGAUACUAGAAGUACUACCAGUAAGAAUCUUCUUGUUUUCAUUACAAUGCCAUUAAGAAUUGGAGUGCUUUGCCUUUAGAAACGAAACGAUAGUCAACAAAACAAACAUUUUUAAAAAAAAGCUGUAAAGUCGAUAUUAGCCAGUAAAGAAAGUUAUGUUAUAUGACAUGUCCAGUUUUGUGAAUACAUAAAUUCUUUCACUCUAUUAUAAAAUGUCCAUAACAUGCAACUUCCUUUUUCAAUGCAUUAUGCAACCAUUUAAGGUGGGUCGAUCUUCAUGACUUAUCAAUAUUAAUAGUUAAAAGUGGAAAAACUAUUAAUUUCCACUCAAUAUAGUUUAAUCUAACCAAUAACCAAAGAAAAUGUGUGUUGCCACCCUUUUAAAGAUGUCAGACAUACAAAAACAGAAGCAUACAUCAACAUAAAAAAGUCGCACAGGAUGAUGAAAAUUAAUAAAAACUUGUUGAAAUGACAAAUUUUAAAUGUCAACAGUUUAAGAAAUCUGAUAAUUCAUAGUUAUAUAAAAAUUAAUUGUGGAUAUUAGUGAAAUUGUGUCGUAGACAUGCAGUAGAGGAAAUUCCAGCAUAGGAGUUAUUGUCCUUGACAACAUUUUUAAAAUUAGAAAUAAUUGAUUAUCUAUGGAAAAUAAAAACUUUUUCAGUAUCAAAAGUUUACCAGAUUUUUUAUUUUAUUCAGUGAAUAAAAUUCCUGUGAAAGAUAUAUUUCAAUCUUGCGCAAAAUUUAAUUAAAUAAAGAUUUUGCAAAAACCUGAGGAUCAAUCAACCUUAAGUGAAAUUCUGCUAAAAUUCCAAUACUAGUCUUGUUUUACCACUUCUGUCUGUUCAUCAAAAAUGUGCAAAUUUAAGCUUUUACGCAUUAUCCUUAAGGUUAUCAUAUCAUUAUACUGGUACGUGAUGCAUCCAUGUCUCUUGUUCUUUACUUGUUGUUAUUGCACUGUUUGACAGAUUAUGUCGGGGUUCAAUGUGUAAUUUAUAAUCAUGACAUUUUGUGAUAUUUUACACAUGAAU